GGUGUGUGUAUUAAUAGACCUUGUGACGCAACCGGGUAACAAACAAGAGGAUAUUGUGUCCCAGGCGAACUGUGAGCACUAACUACUGUGUGUGUGUGUGUCUUUAUACCUAUGUGUGUGUGCCUUAAUGCCUUUGUGUGUGUGUUUGUGUCUUGAUACCAAUAUGUGUGUGUGUGCCUUAAUGCCUGUGUGUGUGUGUGUGUGUGUGGGUGAGCCUUUAUACCUAUAUGUGUGUGUCUUUAUGUCUGUGUGUGUAUGUGUCUUUAUAGCUAUGCAUUUGUGCGCCUUUAUACGUGCGUGUAUGUUACUGUACCAAUAUAAUGUUGCUCUUCUUCUGACAAAUGUUAUUUUGUAAGUCAUUUUGGAUAAGAGUGUCUGCUAAUGCCCUAAAUGUAAAUGUGUGUUUGUCUUUAUACGUAUGCGUGUGGGUCGUGUAAAUAUCAAUCGUAACUAUAAUAUACAAUCAAAUACAUAUUAUACAGUAUAAACCAUGUUUAGAUAAUUACUAGUCAAUUGAAAUGGAAUGUCUAUACAUUCUCCUCGGAUAGUUUGCGUUUGCAUUGCCACUGGAGCCACGAAGUCUGAUACUGAGGCCAAUCGACUGACAUCUUUGUUGUGUAGAUUACUUUAACAGUCUUGCAGCCUUGCAGACAUCUCCACUUCCCCCAUAGUGUAUUGCACUUUAACUUGGCCUCUCCCGCCAAUCCUAAACUCUCCACGAUGGUCAAACAUGAUGGAAAAGUUUCCUAAUAGGAAUCAUGUUAACAAAUUGUUUCACUGGAUGUAUGCUUGGUAACUUUGCUGCCCGUCUCUUCACCUGAUCAGGCUCUAAUAUUAAAUCAAAUAUUUUGCUGGCCUCUUUAAAUCCAGCUGCUAAAUACAUUUUAGGCCUUCAUUUUUAAUUCUGUUUUAUUUUGUUGCAUGAGAUGUUUUUAUGUGAAGCACAUUGAGCCUGCCUUCUGUAUGAAAUGUGCUGUAUAAAUAAAUUUGUCUUGAAGUAGUUUACAGACUACGGACUACAGUGCGUCGAUUCACUAAAGUGAACCAGACUGAACCGCGGCCCCUCCAGACGGCUGCAGCGCAGACACAAUUAUUGAUGGACGGUACCUGGCAACCCAAAGCUGACAGGAACAGGUAAGUCAUGUAGAGUCUUGGUUAACCGCUAGAGGGCCGCUGGUGCUCAUAUUGACAUGUUAUCAUACACUCAUACUUGGUGCAUUAAAAAAAUCCAUUAGACUGCUUUGUAACACACUACAGCACUUUUCCUCUAACAUAAGUGGCUGUAGUGUUUUGUAUUUCUUGAAUGAAUUUGCAUUUGUGAUUCUUGAAACCACGUUUAUGUUACCGUGGACCUGAGAUGUCAUUCAUGGGUUAAAACUGUGCACAACCCUAACUUCAGAUCCAACCCUUUUUAAACAGAUCAAUUAUGGGAUUGCAUUUUUACUGUUGCUUUGCAUCAUCUAAAAGCUGUGCUGCCAGUAAGGAAUAUGUAAUCCAACCACUAGACCAGGGGUCACCAACACAGUGCCCGCGGGCACCAUGGCGCCCGCAAGGACCACAUGAGGCACCCGCAGGCCUGUUCUAAAAAUGGCACUACUCAUUCUUGAACAACUCUUUCCCACCUUUUUAAAGUCAUUGUUGAUAAUUAUUGUGAGAAAUCAUUAACAUGACUUAAUUAAUUAACAUGUCUUCACAUAGAUGAGUAUCAUUAAUCAUUAAUAGUAAUAUAUAACUAAAGGCAAACUGAGCAAAUUUGUUAUUUCAGAAGAGUGUAUAGAACUGGGUGCCCUUCGUAUGGCUCAGUACCCAUGAAGUAGCUCUCUGUUUCAAAAAGGUUGGUGACCCCUGCACUAGACUGAGGCAAAGGAACAAAUACUCCCUCAAAACAAAUAGCAUCAUUAGAACCAUUCCUCUUCAUUGUGUAGGCCUAUUCUCUUUCUUGGUCUUAAAUACAGGCUCUGGGUCUCCUUGUAUGGUCUCGACUGCUAAAAUCUGGGAAAUACAUUUACAUUUAUAGAAACGAUAACCAAAGUACCUACAAAGAAGCCUAAAGGAAUACAGUCAGACUUUGGAUUCUGUUGGAGGCCAAAUGGCGCAGCGAAACUCCCCGCUAGACAGGGACAAAUACUGCUGUUCCAUCUGUCUGGAUCUGCUGUUUAAUCCGAAGACUCUCGCUUGUGGCCACAGCUACUGUUUGGACUGCAUCACAGGACACUGGGACAAUGAGGAGGACGUCUACAGCUGUCCCCAGUGCAGACAGACCUUCAAAACAAGACCAGCUCUGGUAAAGACCACCGUUCUAGCCGAUGUCCUGGAGGAUCUCAAGAGGACACGACUGCGAGACGCUCCCCCUGGCCACUGCUAUGAUGGACCUGAAGACGUGGGCUGUGAUGUCUGUACGGGGAGGAAGAUGAAGGCCAUAAGGUCCUGCCUAGGUUGUCUGGCUUCCUUCUGUGAAGAGCACCUCCAGGGUCACUAUCAAGUUCCUGGGUUGAAGAGACACAAGCUGGUGGAACCAACAGCAGACCUUCAGGACAACAUCUGCCCCCAUCACGACGAGCUAAUCAGGAUGUUUUGCUCUACUGAUCAACAAAGUAUCUGCUGUGUUUGUGCUGUGAGUGAACACAAAGGCCAUGAGAUGAUCUCAGUCGAGGCAGAGAGAAAUAAAAGGCAGGAAGACCUCAGCAGCCACCAGAAAACCACAAGGAUAAGAAUCCAGAAGGGAUGGGAAGACCUCAAAGUGCUUCAUCACAAGAUGGACGCUAUCAAUCAGUCUGCUGAUGAAACAUUGAGUGAUGUCGAUGAGGCCUUUGCUGAGAUGAUCCGUUCCCUUGAGAGUCAGAGGUUGGACAUUAAAGAGAUGAUCAGGACCAAUCAGCAGGCUGCACUGAGCUGGCUAAAAGACCUGCAUACGGAUCUGGAGUGGGAGAUCGUUAACAUGAAGAGGAGUGAAGCUGACCUGAAGCAUCUCUCCCACAUUCAGAGCCACGUCACGUUUCUACAGAACUACCCUCAGAACGUGCAUCUCAAGGAACACAAUGGCUUAACAACCAGAGAUAUCCCUCCAAUGCUGGACUUGGAGAACGUGACUGGAGCUUUUGCAGAGAUGACAGAUAAACUAAGGAAAUUCAUAAUAGACAAUAUCUCUCAGAUUUCACUGGCAUUGGCUCAGGCUGAUGAUUUACCUUCAACGCACCCUGAGCCACAGACCAGAGCAGAUUUCUUACAACAUGCAUGUGAAAUAACAUUUGACCCGAGCACAAAAACCAAAUCCCUGUCUCUGUGUGAGGGUAACCGAAGAAUGACGUUGUCCGGACAAAAACAGCAAGAGGAGAGAGUGGGGAACUGUCUGAGCCAGGAGAGACUGACCGGGAGAAAAUACUGGGAGGUGAAGUGGACAGGACACUACGUCUCCAUCGCUGUGGGUUACAAGGACAGUUCGUGGAAUACAACAGGGUUUGGAAAUGAUGACAAGUCUUGGUCUUUGACUAUUUGCCAAAUCAGUAUUGAAUUUGAACACAACAGAAUCAUCACUAAAAUACCAGGUUGCCGUCCCUCUAGGCUGGGGGUGUACCUGGACUACAGAGCCGGUACUCUCUGCUUCUACAGCAUCUCUGACACCAUGACUCUACUCCACAAGGUCCAGACCCGAUUCACACAGCCCCUCCAUACUGGCAUUUGGCUGUAUGAACGACCAGGGGUCUUUGCAGAGUUCUGCUAUCCUCUGCAGCUAUAGGUUAACACAUGAUGCAGUGUUAUAAACACAGUUUUACCAUCUACAGGUAUAGGUUAACACAUGAUGCAGUGUCAGAGCAUAUGUUGGGGAAUAGGGUCCGUCAACAAUUGUGACGAUUUAAUCAUAUGGGCUGUCUCAGUCAUAUAGACACUAUUUUAAUGAUUAUCCAUGGGACUGUAUAUGAAUAAUUGUGUUGUGUAUUUUAGUCAGUGAGAUGAUAAAGACACUUAAACCUGCACUAUAAACUUUAAGUAAAUCACUGAAUGAGUCUCUGCUAUGAGAUUUGAACCUAGCCUCUGUUGUCAGGGUCACCACUUUCUCCUCAUCCAGUCCCGGUUAAAGGCUCCAGAAUGAGUUCACCAGUUCACCAAUGUGAAGUCAAUGUAAUGCAAAGGUUCUGAAUACCUCCCACCAAGUCAGAUUCAAGCCUUAAUUGUUUAGUUCGUAAAGUUUGUUGCAAUUCUAAAGUUUGGCUACACCUUGUUGAUCAAACACCAUACUCUUUCUCAUACUCAUCAAAAGUAAAUCUAAGAAGUGGUUGAUAAACUUGCCUGACCAGAUCUGCCUUAACUGCCAAGCAGGGUGUUAUUUUUUUUUUUAAUUUAACGUCAUGAAGCUUUUGAACUUCAUAGCUCACUGUCACUGUAAAUGUGACCAACAGGACAAGCAAGCAUGGUUCAGUCAGAGUCUAAAAAUAUCAUAUUAUUGGAUGCUCAGGUCCUGAUUUAGUGUAUUUAAAUUAGAGAGUGAUAUGAUAAAAUACAAAGUGCAGGUUAAAGGUCUUUAGUGCAUGAGUUGUGUACUUAACCUCUGGUCUCAUAAUGGUACCAAUAAAACACAAUCUCUCUUUCCACUUUCCA